CUUGCUUCGGCACAGUGAACGGGUGUCGGCGUGAGCGUCGCUGGGCUGUGAAUGGACACUAACAGGGAAUGUAAUAUUCUUCUUCCGCUGCCUGGUGUCUUCUGUCAUUUAAUAUCUGCGACGGGAGCCCGGUGUGGAUGAGUGGCAGAGGUGAUGUGAUGGCAGAUCUGGCAGGCGGGACAGAUCAGAGCGGACAGUUUGCUGCACGCUGACCAACCAACUAGAUGCAACACGUUACAGCAUAGACAGAAUGGAUUUCCCCAAUUGCACAGAUGGGGUGUUUGCCACAAACAGCAGUGGUAACGACUCGCUGGACACCACUAAACUCCCCUCCAGUAAGAUCCUGCUCACGACGACCCUCUCUGUUGUGGCUAUCCUGACAACAUUCUUCAACUGCCUGGUGAUCACGGCUAUUGCGGUCACGCGCAAAUUGCACCACCCUGCCAAUUACCUCAUCUGCUCAUUAGCAGCGACCGACCUGCUUGUGGCUGUGCUGGUCAUGCCCUUCAGUAUCAUGUACAUCCAAAAAGAGACCUGGAUCAUGGGCCAGGUCAUGUGUACCAUCUGGUUAGGUGUGGAUAUAACCUGUUGCACGUGCUCCAUCCUGCACCUCGCCGCAAUUGCCAUCGACCGGUACAGGGCCAUUACUGAUGCGGUGGAGUACUCACGUAAGCGCACGGGGGCCAGGGCUGGGGCGAUGGUGGCAGUGGUGUGGCUCUUGUCCAUCCUCAUCUCAGUUCCCCCUCUACUGUGGCGGCAUUACAGCGAGGAUCCGGAGCAAGAGGACCAGUGCAUCAUCAUGCACCAUCACAUGGCUUUCACCUUGUAUUCCACCCUCGGAGCGUUUUACAUCCCCCUGCUGCUCAUCCUCAUCCUCUACUACAAAAUCUACCGAGCCGCUCAAACCCUCUACAUGCGCAGGGAGGCCAGCCGGGCUAGUCGUCACUCGUGUAUGACCAACGGUAGCAUGAUCCCGUCAACUUAUCCUGCUGGAGAUGGCGAUGUCGAUGGUGGAGUUCAAAAUCCAGAGCCCAUUAGCCCGCCAGAAAAGUCGUAUUCUGAACCCUCAAAUGAGGAACCUCCACGUGAACGGAUGCGCGUAUCCGUAAAGGCUUUCCAAAGCAAGAAGCGCCGGCACGAGUCACGUAGUGAGUCACGUCGCAGCCAGUUCUACCAAGGACCACGGAUCUCAGGCUCAAGGGAGCGCAAAGCCGCAUCCACACUGGGGUUGAUAAUAGGGGCAUUUGUCAUCUGCUGGUUGCCAUUUUUUGUCAAGGAGGUGAUCGUCAACACCUGCGGCGCUUGCAGUACUUCAGUGGAGAUGGCUGACUUUCUGACAUGGUUGGGCUACCUCAACUCGCUGAUCAACCCCCUCAUCUACACCAUCUUUAAUGAAGACUUCAAAAAAGCUUUCCAAAGACUUGUUAGGUGCAGUCAUUACCUCUAAUGGUUACAGUUAUGCAUGAUCAAACCCAUAUUCUGUCACACAUACAAAUGUAACCAGGAGGGAGCAAACCCAAGGCUGGAGGUCAGAGUCUACUGACUAAAUACUAACUCAGUGUGCCUGAGAGAGAAUAAUCUCAAGAGGAAAAGGAUUGACACUCAUUUCCAGACACUCCAUCAGGCACUCCAACAGCCUGAAUGGCACCAGCUCAGCGGUGAGCUCUGCGGCAAAGUUCCACAUUGAAAUCCAAGUCCUGCUAUUAAUAGGACAGCCUGAGAUUUCCUUGAUGUUAAUUGGUGUGUUUGAAGGGACACUGACAUGUUGGUUUGUAGAAAAUGGGCCAUCGCUGACCUUUUUGAGGUCUGGGUUCUGUGCAUUAGUGAUCAGCCCCAUUUAAAGGUCUUGAAAUAGCUGACCAUUAUGUCUGUUCCAUCUAAUGACCUCCCUUCUAUCUAGUUCAGGCUGCUGGCUGAAAUACAAAACACGUGUAAAAUACCACAGCAUAGCAAGUUGUGACUCUCUGUGGCCAUGACAUGACAUGGCAUCUGAUUGAUGACUGCAGUGAUUUGGUAAAAUAAAUAAUUGUUGGAUGCAAUUUGUACCCAGCCACAUGAAACAUUCCAACAAAUUACAUAAGCUUCUUGUCAGGAAAUGAUCCUUCAUUCAGUUAACAAGCCAAAAGCAGAGAAUUGGCCUUUGAUAAAUUUCACCAGACGUAACAUUACACAUUUUAUGAUCUGGGACCAAAUCAUAUCAUUAAUAACACAUUCUGAAUUAUGCGAACAUACUUGGGGACCAAUCUAAAAAUUGAGCUUGCUACAACUUUGACGACUAAAGGUCAACAUUCAGAGAAGACCUAAAGUAUUAGGGUUUCAAGUCCUUUACGACACUGCCACUUUAAAUGAUGUUUUUGCACAACCCUUUACGUUCCUCACGGUUAUCUCUUAAGAAAUCUAUCCUGGAGCCAUUAAACACCCCAUCCCAUCUCACUCCCACGCCAUGGCCAGCAUUGAGGAUGUAAUGAACGUGAGAAACACUGGUGGAGAAAUCCUCAUUACAUCAAUCCCACUCAAGAACUAGGAAUAGAACUACUAUUUAUUUACUGCCCCCAAGGGGGCAACUGUUGAUGGAAAAUAUUGUGGAUGAGUCAACUGUGAGGGUGUACUGUACACCAGGGAGAUAAUACACGGUUUGUCAUGUACUUAAAUACAUCUGACGGUACGACGAGUAUUUGUAUGCUUUCUUUGUCUGUCACUGUCUCGAUAAUCAAUAAUAAACAGUCCACAUAUGAAUGUUCUUCUGAGUUAAUGAUACAUCUCUGGGUGAAGAUUUGAUUGGUAAAUGAGUGAUAUGAGUAUAUAUGUCUCCCCCAUGUGUAUUAAACAAAAAACAAUAACUCACCAAUCAUCUGUAUGUGUUAAUGAAUGUUGAUAUGAAAUACUGCAACUCCAUGUUUUAGUCUGCUGCCUGUUCAGUGUGGACAGGAUAUCCUGAUGUGUUUGCGCCCCCUUGUGGCUCUCAGAAAGACUGCAGACUGUCCAGUUGGCCGUGACAAAUGGCACCGCCCUCUUUCGCAGCUACAACAAAGCAGUUAAUGAAUCUGGGAAUAUUGUUUUAUUCAUUUGGCCUCACCAAUCAAAC